UAAGCAUCAGAGUCCGGCUGAGAAGAAGCUCCUCAAAAGUGCUGGCGAAAAUCUCAGUCGGCUUCGAUAGUGUCGGAUGUCGACUGCCGCCGCCAACCACUCCCCCGUCAGGCUUCCAAGCUGGCCGAGACGGAUCUCCUGGCCUGGGUCAGACUCUUCAAAUGAGGCUGUUGGGGAUACAGUGGUGGACAAGAAGGACUCCGGACGAAUCCAUGCAACACAGAGACUACAGAUGAAGAGAAACAAGCAGUACCCGCAGUCCUGACACGGGCCUUUCCUUUCACCAACGAUGAAGGGCGGCAAGGUGAUGAUGAGCUGGGCGACUGGUUCGCUGAGGGCAUCUUGCAGUUGUCUCGUCACACGUUCGCUACCAGCUACCCAAUCACAAUCCCACAGAUGAGCAGCUGAGCACCUCUGCCCCUCCCCUCGCCCACCUUCCUGUAGCCGACACCGAGGCCGGCAUUCAAUUUAAAAUCAGUUGCCCUGCCCUGCUCCCACAUACAUGAAGAGGACCAGGAGGGGGCUUCUCAGUAAGACACCCUAACGUCACUGAGAUGAGAACGAGGGAUGCAGUCCCAGUCACAUAAUCAGUGGCCAGGAAGAGGGGGAAAUGGCGUCCACGCAGCCUGUCAAUUGCCCUGUUACAGUUAAGGAAUUCAGCAGGCUGCAAUCACCUGACAAAGGCACCUAGGAGGCGAGUGAAUGAGUGAUGCCUGCUCUGUCUGCGCCGCUACCGCGGCGGCUCCUCGCGUCCACCCGUGGGUGCAACCCUGAUGAGGAAGAGGAGAGAUUAUGCUGUCAUGAACUCUGUUUGAACCCCCUGUCUCUUUGACCUCUGGGGUCACAGGCGGUGGACGCGUGCCGGAGGCGGGGUUGCCAGCGAGGUUCCAGUGCGCGACUGCCAUACGGGACGUCGUGGAAAAAAACAGCCAUCGUACCACGCGGCGAAACAACCUGAGUCCCACCACCGCCACUGGAACCUCCAGAGGCGGAGAGAGACCCGACAACAUCACUUGCCUGGCGGUACAGCUGUCUCCUAGGGCAGCGACAUGACGUAGAAAGGCUGCUGAAUAGAAUGGCCGCUGAUGACCGGCACCUACCCUCCAGCUGCGGGUCCUACAUUAAAACAGAGCCAUCCAGUCCAUCCUCGGUCAUUGACACGGUCAGCCACCACAGUCCCAGCGGCAAUUCUGACGCUAGCGGUGGCUAUGUCAGCACCAUGAACAGCCACUCCAAUGGCUUGGACUCACCGCCCAUGUUCACCCCCGGCGGGCUCGGAGCAGGCGCCUGCCGCAAGCGCUAUGAUGACUGCUCCAGCACCAUCAUGGAGGACUCGUCCAUAAAGUGCGAAUACAUGUUGAACUCCCUCCCCAAGAGGCUGUGCCUGGUCUGUGGAGAUAUAGCUUCGGGGUAUCACUAUGGUGUGGCCUCUUGUGAGGCCUGCAAAGCCUUUUUUAAAAGGACAAUACAAGGCAACAUUGAAUACAGCUGUCCUGCCACAAAUGAGUGUGAGAUCACGAAACGGAGACGCAAAUCAUGUCAGGCUUGUCGCUUCAUGAAAUGCCUCAAAGUGGGGAUGCUGAAAGAAGGUAAGAAGAGGGUUCGCUUGGAUCGAGUUCGAGGGGGCAGACAGAAAUACAAGAGGAGGUUGGACACUGAAAACAACCCCUACUUGGGCUUGGCGCUCCCCCCUCCUACAAAAAAGCCUCUCACAAAGAUAGUAUCUCACUUGCUGGUGGCAGAGCCAGAGAAGAUCUACGCCAUGCCUGACCCGACCAUGCCGGAGAGUGACAUAAAGGCUCUUACCACACUGUGCGACCUGGCUGACCGUGAACUGGUCGUCAUCAUUGGGUGGGCCAAGCACAUCCCAGGCUUUUCCACGUUGUCUCUGGGCGACCAGAUGAGUCUGCUGCAGAGCGCCUGGAUGGAGAUCCUCAUCCUCAGCAUCGUGUUCCGCUCGCUGCCCUACGAGGACGAGCUGGUAUACGCCGAGGACUACAUCAUGGACGAGGAGCACUCGCGGCUGACGGGGCUGCUUGACCUCUACGUGUCCAUCCUGCAGCUGGUCCGCAAAUGCAAGAAGCUCAAGGUGGAGAAGGAGGAGUUUGUCACCCUCAAGGCCAUUGCUCUCGCCAACUCAGACUCCAUGCACAUAGAGGACAUGGAGGCGGUCCAGAAGCUGCAGGACGCCCUGCACGAAGCCCUGCAGGACUACGAGAGCGGCCAGCACCCGGAGGACCCGCGGCGGGCGGGAAAACUGCUCAUGACCCUGCCACUGCUGCGGCAGACGGCCACCAAGGCCGUGCAGCACUUUUAUAGCAUCAAGGUGCAGGGCAAGGUGCCCAUGCACAAACUGUUCCUGGAGAUGCUGGAGGCCAAGGUCUGAUUCUUGGAGCUGCUUUUAGUGCUGCACACUCAGACUUUUUUGGAAGGAAGAUUUCUGGGGGUGCUCGGGAUUGAGGGGGGGGGGGACACCUCAGCACGCAGACUGGCUGACCUCCUUCCUUCCUCCCCUCCUUCUGCAACACUGGGACGCCAUCUUAAAAAAAAUAAAAGGAAGAAAAAAAAAAAAGAACCAGAGCAAACUUGGUUAUUAAUAUAAAUAUAAGAAUGAUGAAGAAUAAUUUAAAAUAUAUAAGAAAUACUAUGUACAGUAAUAAUUUCUUUUGUGAAUUGUUGUUGCUCAUGCUCCCAGAUGCCCCCUCAGCAUCUUCAGAAAAAUAGAUGCCAGUAACAAGAAAAAUGAUUUUGCUCAUUGAAAUCAUUCUGACGACAGCAGAGGUGUCAACAACAACAACACUCACUGUGUUUGUCUGGGACAUGUACAAUAUAUAUUUAUUACUAGGAGACUGAGUGUACAGUUUAAAGUCUGUUGAUACUGGUGGCCAUUUUCUCUCACCCUCCGCCUGCAGGGAGGGGAGGGAGGGAAAGAAAAAAAAAAGAACUGCUUAAAAUGUGAACUGUUAACAGUUCAAAUGUCCUCGGGACAUAACAGUACAGUACCUCUCAAGAAUAGUUUUGAUCUGACGUGUCUCAGAAUGGAAGGCUUGUUUAACCAAACUAGCAUAGGCAGUUACACUAGUAGGUAGUCUUCUUCUGUAGUGACUCAGCAAUAAACGACGGUGUGGGAACCUUCAUCUUUCGUGUGCUACCAUUCGAUUGCUGUUGCCCCAAGGCCGCGCCCGCUCACUUAGUCCCGUUCAACGGUUAGCACGUGCGGCGGUCCCCCCCCCACCCUCCUCCUCGUGUCAGCCGCCGAGCCCCGAACGCGUCCUUUACAAACCCGUGAAAAAUGGGCCGAGCUAACCGAAGUCCGUAGGUGAAAGCCGAUCGUCGGUAUCGAAGGCUUUCUGCAGAGUGGCGCCGGUCCAGGAGAUUCCCGUGUUCAAACAAUCAGAGGCCCAUAUGUCAGAGUGCUCUAUUUUGGAACCCUUUAAGCUCGUGGCAGAGUCAUCCCACUCACUGAGGAGCAAGGUGGCCAGCAUCUGCUCUCACCAUCGUAGACACCUCCUGUCUUUAAAUAGCCGCGUCGGCAUUUAUAGAGGCCGGACCGCACCAAGGUAAACGGCAGGUGCAGAGGCACUUCGCACCAGGUUUAUAUUUAAGCUCGCACGAGGUCGUCGUCUGCGUGACGGCGGGCACGUGGGCCGCUGUUUGACCCCCGCCGUCGACACGGCCGAGCGAGGGCGGGAUGGCCGAGCUAUGCAAGAAACAAAGUGUCGGCAUACGCCCGAGGGUAACAGCCAGCCAACAAUGUGCCACUACAAGGUGUGAACCCUGCUGGGAGAAGGAGAUCUGAGGCUCCCUUUAGUUUCACGUCCGUCACGCCAUCCGUGAUCUCCAGUCCUGUCCAGUCCAGCUCAAUUGUGCGCGUUUAUACUCCUGAAGGUUUUUUUUUUUUGUUACGUGAUAAACGGGCGGCGCUGUCACCAAAAUACGAUACUGUGAUCAAAGGAGUAGAGGCGGCCACCGUCGAGCUCGCGAUAGCGAUGGCCAGCAAUUUUCCAGGUUUCACAGUACCAGGCCCUCCUUGCCAAUCGACCCCACCCCCACCCCUUCCCCACCAAGUCCAUUGUAGCGUAACACUGUAAGUCCAAGCGCUGUUGUGAAAUACAACAAGGACCACUUCUGGAUGAUAUCGUCACAAAAUUUCUAUUGCUAAUAAAUAACAUCCUGAAUCCCUCUCGUCAAUCACAUAUAAUCUGUUUUAAGAAGAUUAAGAAAUGUAUUUACUUUGCUCCACUGUCAAGAAACCUGUGGUCAUUUAAAUAAAACUGCAUUAUACAGGAAAUGUUUUUUUUUUUUUUUAAAGAAAUCCUUUGUAGUGGAUAAUGAUUACCAAACAAAAAAGGUUCCCUUUUUAUUUAUUUUUGCCCACCUUGUAAUGCAGCACUGUUUAACGUCAAAAUGUCUUACAGUACGAGCUAAGUGUGUAAAUAUAUCAGCCUUCAUUGCAGUAGGUUGCCGAAGUACCAUUGAAAAUAAAAGUAUGCAGCGUCCUGCUGACUACUACCUCAUUAUCAUAUGUCAAUAUUUCUCUGACUCAGCACCCUUUGAUCAUCUUUACAUGUCUGUGACCUAACCUGAGCCAUCCAUGUUUUUCUUUUUGUUUUUUGUUUUGAUUUUUUAAUCUUCCCUCAGCGCUCCUGCCAAAUAUAUUUGGAACUGUAAUUGAUGACCGUCCCAUUCAUUGUUCACUGAUCUGUUUGUAAAGGUAACGCAUGCUUCACGUUGACUCACAUAACUUUACCGUCAACCCCCCCUACACUUACCUCCCCCCCUUAUCCAUGGUGGUUACAAAGCGGGUACGUGUGUUUCUUUUGUUCCCGUUUCCUUUGAACAGUGUAUCACAAUUGGUCUCUCAGUGAUGGACUCCAGACAGGGGGGGACAGGUGACUUACUCCC